GCACAUACACGAUUCAAAAAUUAUACUUUAACUAUUUACGAUACGUUUAUAAUACUUGGUUUAAAAGUAGCUCUCGAUUGACAGUAUAGUAUAACACGAGACAAUUUGUGUAGAAGCGUCCAUGUGUUGUUACUUGUGCAAUUAAUUGUAUGGAGAGAAAUAUCGUUUGUACAUUUACGAAUCAUUCGUUUGUAACAUAACCUCAAUAAGGUUAUAUUAUUUUAACAAAUAUACAUAUACAUAUAAUAAUAUAGGAAACAUCAAGGCACGCGUGGAACUGUCGUAAAAGGGAGAGAGCUAGAUCUUAUCAGAAUGGUAAAGAUAGCAUUUCAGAUAAAAGCUACGUUAGAAAAUAUAGAGGAACUGAAGCCAUCGGGAACAGAAUUUAGAUGGUACCUCAAAUUUACUUGCUGCAAUUGUGGCGAAGUAUCAGAAAAAUGGAAUUAUGUAUCUUUGAGCGAGUCCAUUCCAAGUCAAAGAGGAAACUCAGUGAAUCACUUUGCGAGCAAAUGCAAACUUUGUUCUCGCGAAAAUUCCAUGAGCAUCUUGGAGGAUUCCAUCAAAUCGUUUCUCGCGAACGAUCAGGAGAAAUUCCAAACGAUAGCGAUAUUCGAUUGUCGGGGCCUCGAACCUAGUGAUUUCUCAGCAAGAGAAGGAUGGACUGCCAAAGCCGUAAACGAUGGAAAAGUAUUUACAGAUAUAGAUUUAAGCGAAGGAGAGUGGGCUGAUUAUUGCGACAAGAUUAAAGAACCUGUUGGAAUUUAUGAAAUAGAACACAGAUUUGAAAGAAUGAAAUAAUAAGUUUUACGUGCUUGUUGUUACUGCAAUCGAUUCACACAUAAUGGGAUACUCUACGAAAAAUAGAAAUACUUUGAAUUCAAUAUAAAUUUUACAAAAAUAGAGGCGAUAGAUUCUCUUUUAGCUUUGUGUCUUUUCCUUGUUUGCUCAUCUUUUCACUACUAAGCUGAUACUCUACUUUAAUGGUAUUCUGUUAAACAAUUUGUUUCAAUGUACAUACAUGUGUAAUCUGCGCAUAUAUUGUGCAUACAUAUAUUUAAAUACUUAUGUAAGCAGAGACAUUCAAAGGUGCCUAUAUCGAUUUGAAAUUUGUAAUUUUCUAAUCUAGAUAAUAAAAAGCUAUUUGUUUGUUGCCAUUGAAAACGUAGAAUAUGAUUUACACGUUCUUGCACAUUCAUGUAUACACAAAUCUACUAUGAUAUAAUAAAUACAUAUUUAUAAUACGAACAGGAUAGAUACUUACUAUUGCUACUACUAUAAGCUAGGCAAAGAAAAAGUAAGACGAUCUGCCGCUAUUAGCGACAUCGUUAAAUCGUGUAGGAAAGAAUACCAAGGUAAACGAAUGCACAUUUCCAACGACGUAAUAUAAUUUAUUCAUAAUCAUAUAAAAAAAGACCAUUUAACCUCGUAAAUGGUUUAGUACAGAGGAAAUUUGCAACAAUAAUUUUAUAACUCUUCCAAGUUGAUUGAAAAUUGCCGAUUAUACCCUGCACCUGAAUAACCGGGUGACUAGCAUUGCGCGUUAGCAGGGGGGAGGUUGAAAAUUUUAUUCGUUAACCAAUCAACAAGCCAUAGAAGAGUUUGAACAAGACUAGUCAGCUAUGCGAUUAGAACUCGUUCUUUAGUGCGUACUUACCUUCGGAAUGUUUCGGUCUACUUAAUUAGUUAAGGUAAUGAAAACCAUAAAGACGAUGACGAUGAUACUGCUAAACAAUAAUAAUAGUACUAGUAAUAGUAACGAUAAUGACGAAUGACGAUGACGAUGAUGGUGAUAAUAGUAAUAUAAAGUUGUCAUACUAAACAACAAUAUUCAGUUAGGAAAUUUUCGUAGUAACGUAUCAGCAUAUACUUGACAUAUCACGUUUACGCUAAUUCAGACCGGAACGAGCUUCUCCGCGUAAGAAAAUUAUAGUCAUAAUAAUAAUGGCAAUGAUGAUAAUAACGAUGACGAUGUUGAUGAUGGCAAUGAUGAUAAUAACGAUGAUGACGAUGUUGAUGAUGGCAAUGAUGAUAACAAUAUUCGUUUACUUGUAUAAAGUAAAAAUAAAGUAGAAAUUAAAUCUUCUCGAACGAAAAAUUAAACAUAUAUACAUAUAUGUGUGUAUAUGUAUACAAGUGUAUAGAUACACACGUAUCGGGUAUAAAAGUUGCGAAUGAAUUGACCUGAGCCAACCGUGAUUCACUGUGAAAUUAAUAGGUAUUUCACGUGUUACGGCGUUAACUUUAAAACUGGCUAAGAAAGUUGCAAUCACAGUGCCCAACGAAACGGGCAAAAUAAAUCACAAGAGAGGAUCAAAAAAAAAAAAAAAAAAAAAAAAAAAAAAAAAAAAAAAAAAAAAAAAAAAAAAAAAAAAAAAACGA